CUCGGGGCCUCGCGUCUCCGCCCGCCCACCGGCUUGCUCACUUGCUCGGAGCCCAGGCCGCCGCCAUGUCUUCCGGGGCCAGCGUGAGCGCCCUGCAGCGCCUGGUGGAGCAGCUCAAGCUGGAGGCCGGCGUGGAGAGGAUCAAGGUCUCUCAGGCGGCGGCAGAGCUUCAACAGUACUGCAUGCAGAAUGCCUGCAAGGACGCCCUGCUGGUAGGUGUUCCAGCCGGAAGCAACCCCUUUCGGGAGCCCAGAUCCUGUGCUUUACUCUGAAGGCUGGGAAGAAGUCCGCUGAGCAAUGCUUUCAAACACCAAGUGAUGAAUGACUGCCUCCAAAUCUCAAGAACACAUUUCUCCAGCCAAAUGACUUUUAGAUAUUUCACAGGACCUUUCCUGUGGCCUGGUCCUUUAGCCAAAAUUCUAUGGAAAUUUAUGAGUUUCUACUCAAGGAAACUGGGUGAAGGAGUAGAUUUUAAAUAAUAAUGGCCUGGUUCUUUGUUGAAGUGCUUUAUACUUAAACAAAAACCUUACCACCAAAUAUACCAAAAUACACCUCUUUCAUUAAGUGAAUUACUAGUGUUUCUAUACCUGGAAUGUUACGUAUGUUUUAUUUACUAGAUGUUUACAUUUUGGGAAGGAAAACAGUAUUGUUUGUUAAAAAAAUUAAAUAUUUGUAAUUUGUUGUUCCCGACUAAGAUUUUUAUACCAUAACAAAAUUUGUUCUUUUCUCAUGAAUUUAUAAUUUCUAAAUGAAGACAAGCAAGUAUAAAAUUGGGGGAAGAAUGGGCUUUAUUAAUCAAAUGAUGUCUUGAUUUUUCUAAAUGAGAGGAUUGUUUUAUUUUUAACACUAAAUAUGGGAGCUGUUUCUUAGCAAACUUGUUUGAAAGGAUUAAUGUUGUGUUGUGUAUUAGAUUGCCCCAUCCUGUAUAUGAAGCAGAUUUGAUCUUUGUCUUCUUAAGUUCCUCUAUUUUAUAAUGGUGGUUUUACUUAAAAAAAAAUACUGAAUUAUUUCAUGUCUUUAAAACAACGUUUAAAUGUGAUCUACAGAAUAUUGCAAAUGAUUAAAAAAAAAAAGUGAUGUGAAAAUAUUACAACCUAAAUGAAUUCUCAAUGUCACAAGUGUUUUACUUUGAUGAUGUGCCUUUGAUUUAAUUUGGGACACUUAAAAGAAUACUUUGUGUUUGUUAUAAUCUUUGAAGAGCUUGGAAAUAAAAUUUCUGCUUAAUUUCUGCUAAUGACAGCAACAUUUUGUAUCUGAUUUUGUUUUAAGGCUUCAUAGAUUUUGUUUGCUUGUGAGAUUGAGUGCUGGAAGUGGGAGGUGAAAUUUUUGUUUACAAGCCCUCAUAGAAUUUUGUGAAAAAUAGAUAUAUGUAUAACAUGCAGAAAUACCUCAAUUACUGGCAACAUUUGCUCUUUGAAAUAGCUAUGUAUAAAUCCAUAAAUAAAUAAAUGAGAAUAUAUUUGAACAUAAGUAGUGUUAUAGUAGAGAAUGUAGAAGUCAUAAGAUGGAACUCCUUUAACUUCCGGCCACUAAACUUCCAAAUCUAAGUGAUCUGAAUCCCUUCCAUUCGAUCAAAAUUCAGGUGUCCUUUUUCUAACCCUCUUAUUUAUUCUGUGGAUCCGUUUCACCUUCUCUGAAAUGUCACACUAUCAGUUAGCCUUUUUCUCCUUUAUCUUCAACAUUUCUACUACAUCCUUUUAUCAGCAUUUAAACAUGUUCCAUUCUCCAUCUUAACAACAAAAAGCAUUAAAAAAAAAAAUCUCCAUUAAAAAAUAACUUUUCGGGACUUCCCUGGUGGUUCAGUGGUUAAGACUCCAUGCUCCCAAUGUAGGGGGCCCGGGUUCGAUCCCUGGUCAGGGAUCCCGCAUGCUGCAACUAAGAGCCUGCAUGCUGCAACUAAAAGAUUCCUGCAUGCCGCAGCUAAAAGAUCCCGCAUGCCGCAACGAAGAUCCUGCGUGCCGCAACUGAGACCCAGCACAGACAAACAAAACGAAAAACAAAAACAAAAAAACAACAAAUUUUCAGCUAUAAAAGAUGAGUAUAUCUUAGAAAUCUACUGUUUAGCACAGUGCCUGUAGUUAAUAGUGCUGUACUGGAUACUUUAAAAUUUGGUAAGAGGGUAGAUUUUAUGUUAAUUGUUCUUAUCACAAAAAAUAAUAAGGCAGGAGGAAACUUUUGGAGGUGAUGGGUAAGUUUAUGGCAUAGAUUGUGUUAGUGGUUUCAUAGGUGUAUACGUAUCUCCAAAUUCAUUAAGUUGUAUACGUUAAUUAUGUAGAGUUUUUUUGUGUCGAAAAAUAUCUCUUGAUCUCACUUUCCCUUUGGCAAAAACUUGGUAAGAUAGUACAAGAAAACUAUAGACAUCUCACUUAUGAGUAUAGAUACGUCUUAAAUAUAAGCAAGUCAAGUUCUGUAGUUUAUCAAGAGAAGAUACAACCUUACAAAGCUAGUUCAACAUAAGCAAAUCUAUCAAUGUCAUUCAUUACAUGAAGGGUUUAAAGAAGAGAAUGUUUAUUACAUCAUUUCAU